AAAUCAGCUGACAAAUGUCAGAAAACGGUCUGGCCAACUACUCCAAGAUUAACUUUUUUCAUAUUUCCAAAUUCCAAAACCAAAACAAAGAAUUAUUAUCGUAGGGCUUGGACAAAGGCUUGAAAUAAAAUUAUAUAAUAUUUUAUAUUGUACUUAAUUGACUAUAUAUGUAAUAAUGAAUGACUUAGAUUCUCUAUUCAAGCCCAUAGUUCUGGUGACUGGUUUUGGACCAUUUCUGAAUCAUCCGGUGAACGCAAGCUGGGAAGCUGUGAGGUCGAUGAAUAAAGAGGAGAUAGAAAAUAAGUUUAACAUCGAACUAGUGCUGCUAGAGAUACCCGUCACGUAUGAGAAUGUAGACGAGUUUGUGCCAGCACUUUGGGAAACACAUACACCUAAGCUAAUGAUCCAUGUUGGUGUAUCCAGUGUUGCCAAUUGUAUAACCCUAGAGACUCAGGCACACAGAAAAGGGUACCAGAGACUGGACUACUUCGACAGAUGCCCCGCAAACAAUGUGUGUCCCGCGGAGGGAGCUAUUAGGAUACACACAAAACUGGACGCGGACAGAAUAUGCAAGGACUUCAAUAGUAACCCACAGCUGGAAACAAAAGCAAUUACUUCAAGAGAUGCUGGAAGGUACCUCUGUGAGUACAUAUACUACACAUCUCUCAGUGUAGACAACACCAGAACCCUGUUUGUUCAUGUACCAGACAUGAAUGUUUAUUCCUCCAACCAGACUGCUAGAGCCUUAGAGAGGAUAUUAGAGUUGUGUCUAGAACAGAUAGCCUCUAUGGAGUCUACCAAAGAAGUUACAGAAAAGAUGCAAAACAAAUGUACAUUAGAAUAAACUCUUGAAGGUGAAAGAGUUGUCAGUUAAUACAUCUCUAUGAAUAGAUAUGAUAGGAUGUAUUACUUAAUUGAAAUAUUCAGUUUAGUUCUUUCUUUCUUUUAAAGUACUGAUAAUAUGAUCUCUGAUCAAUCACUCAUACAAAACACAUUCUAGUUUUAGAAUUUGGCGCCCUUUAGAAAUUUGCUGCCAUAAAUUACGUAUUAUAUUAACAAAAUUGUUUUUAUCAUUAUAAGAUUUUACCUAUUGAAUGUUAUUAAUGUAUGUAUUCAUAUUUGUGUACCUACAUUCCAAAGAAUAUUUUGUUAACUACCUGUGUAUUAUUUGGUGGAAGUAGUUAUAUUACCAAUUAAGCGCAACAAAUUAUUACUAUUAAAAUUAUGAUCAAAAUAUCUACAUUGUAAAAUAUAAGUAUCAAGAAUA